GUUUCUACGUUGCCCGCUACGCAUACGUACUCGGUCGUCUCGGCUACGCGGACAUCACGAGGAGCGGACGGGACGUGGAGGAGUUGCAGAUGCUGAAGGGACGAGAUAGCGACGCGGAGGACAGCUACGACGACAGGGCUGGGGACAACGACCUGCACGAUUCUGUCGUGCAG